AUGCGUGAUAAGUGGAGAAAGAAACGUGUGAGACGUCUGAAACGUAGAAGAAGAAAAAUGAGGGCUAGAUCUAAAUAA